CGUCAUAUAUAUGCGACAAACUUUUCGGCUAUUGCCAGACCUGCCUAAAAGGCGACAGUGAGAUUGGUAUAUGCAACUGCUAGACAACUAAUACUACUAUUAGUCAUACAUUCACAAGGAUAUAUCUGUGUUAAAAUGUUUAAAAGGAAGCUUACUGCCCUGGAUUACCACAACCCCUCUGCCUUUGACUGCAAAGAUGAAACGGAGUUCAGGAAUUUCAUUGUGUGGCUUGAGGAUCAAAAGGUAAGGCACUACAAGAUUGAAGACCGGGGUAAUCUGCGCAACAUCCCCAGCUCUGAGUGGCCUAAAUACUUUGAAAAGUAUCUUGAAGAUGUAACUUGUCCAUUUAGUGUCCAAGAGAGACCGGAGGCUAUAGACUGGUUGCUUGGCCUUGCUGUUCGUCUGGAGUACGGUGAUAAUGUGGAAAAGUAUAGGAACUGCCCCCCUCUGGAAGCAGCCAACAACACCCAGAAGCCCACAGAUCCUCUCGUCAACCUGGACAUCUCUCUAGUUAGCAACCCUGACUUCAAGGCUGGUGUCACUGCCCUGUCCAAUCUCCUUCAGAUCCAGCGUCAUGAUGACUAUUUAGUGAUGCUGAAGGCUAUAAGAAUUCUUAUUCAAGAUCGACUGACUCCAGAGUGUAUCGCAAAAGCAAACCAGUCAAAAGAGGGCUUGCCAGUUGCACUGGAUAAGCAUAUCCUAGGCUUUGAUACAGGAGACGCCGCUCUGAACGAGGCGGCUCAGAUCCUGCGCUUGCUGCACAUCGAGGAGCUGCGAGAGCUACAGACGAAGAUCAACGAGGCGAUCGUGGCGGUGCAGGCUAUCAUCGCAGACCCCAAAACAGACCACCGCCUGGGGAAGGUUGGCAGAUGACCAGCCACCUGCGUCCAGAUCUUUCUCUCCUCAACACCCCCCCCCCCCCCCCCCAGCCAACAAGCUCAAAAGAAGAGUUUUGGAGACUACAGACAGUCCCCCACCCCCCAAAGAGAAUGCAAAGCGAUCGAGGACCAUGCACUUGUUUUUUUCUUUUUCAACCCACACUGCAUCAAAAGACUGUUUCUGGAGUGUUUUUUCUGUUUGAAAGUGCUGACCAAUGGUCUCAAGUAGGAUUAACUCAGCCUCCCACCCACCCCUUACUUUUGAUGUUCAUUUGGCCUUAUUCUUCUCCUUAAACGCUGUGAAUGACAAUUACAUGCUGAAACCGCUCAUAUGAAAUAUCUGAGAAAAAUGCA